AUGAAGGACAAGAGGCCCAGAGAAGAGGAGGAAGCUCCGGCUCCUGCCCCUGUAAAGAGAUCAAAGAAGAACUCAACUGUUGAAGACAGUGAAAUGCAUACUGUCAAUGCAGAAAAGCCUAUGGAAAACAAUCAUAACACUGACGCUGCACCGACUGAUGAAGGCACCGUCAAGGCCAAAAAGAAGAAGAUUCGACAUCGUAAGAAGCCAGAAGGCACCGAAGACGCACAACCAUCAUCUGAAAGUGCUAGUCAGGCAGAGUUCAAGCAACAUCAAAAGGGUGGUAAAAAGCUCAGCAAGGUCGAUGAAAAGAAGGCAAUGAACAGCGAAAGGCGUCGUUUACGUCGCACGUCUGCAGCUGAUCGCAAGAAGACCUGCUUUCGAUGCCGUAGAAGAGGUCAUUCUGUAGCAAACUGUCCCAAAGUUGGUGACUCUUCUGAAGCUAGUAUUUGCUAUCGAUGUGGAUCUGAUGCUCAUGCUCUAGCAGCAUGCCCAAAACCACUGGAUAAAGCCAAUCCAUAUCCAUUUGCUACAUGUUUUGUUUGUAAAGAAGUGGGUCAUGUGUCUGGAAGCUGUCCAAAGAAUGCCAAGGGCUUGUAUAUAAAAGGUGGAGGAUGCAAAAUAUGUGGUAGUGUGCGUCACAGAGCAAACGAUUGUGAUGUCAAGAAGAAGACUGUUGACGAGCCAGAGGCUGUUGUUGGAGUUAUACGUCAAGGAAUGGGUGGAGAUGACUUGGAUGAUGCUUACGUAUUCCAGCCACCCUCCGCAGCUGCUGAAAAGGCUGCAGCUGAUAAGCCAAAGAAGAGAAAGGUCAACUUUUAUCAUCAGAGGUGA